CUCCCGGGCUCGCUCCGCCCCGACUCCGCCUCCAAGGCGCGCUCCUCCUCCUCCUCCUCCUGCUGCCGCUCCCCGCCUGGGGGUGCAACUCUCACCCCGGCUGUCCCGGCCCGAGCUGCGGAACGGGAGGGAGACUAGGGCCGCCCGCGCCGCCGUCCCCGCCCGAGCGCCCCGCGCCCAACUUCCCGGGCGGCUGCUCCCGAGAGCUCAGCCCUGUUGCAAGCUUCAGGCGCCGUCCCGGAGCGGUCUCGGAGUUAGCGGCCAGCGAGUUUCGUCGCUCGGCUUGCAGGGCCGCGGGCACCGUGCGCUCCCGCAGGGGUGGCCGGGGCUCCGGGCUCAGCGCCCCGCAACGCACUUCGGCGAUGGCUCCUGCGCCGCGGCGGUGCCUGCGCCUUCGCCCUCGCGGACUCCGGCUUCUCGUCGUCGGGUCGCUGCUGCUGCUGCUGCUGUUGCUGCCCCUGUGCGGCUCCUUCAACCUCGACACCGAUAGUCCCGCCGAGUACUCGGGCCCCGAAGGAAGUUACUUCGGCUUCGCGGUGGAUUUCUUCGUGCCCAGCGAAUCUCGAAGGAUGUUUCUUCUGGUGGGAGCCCCCAAAGCAAAUACUACCCAGCCUGGAAUUGUGGAAGGAGGGCAAGUCCUUAAGUGUGACUGGUCUUCUAACCGUGGCUGCCAACCCAUUGUAUUUGACGCAACAGGCAAUAGAGAUUUUGCUAAGGAUGACCCAGUGGAGUUUAAAUCUCACCAGUGGUUUGGCGCAUCAGUGAGAUCAAAGCAGGAUAAAAUUUUAGCCUGUGCUCCAUUAUACCACUGGAGAACAGAAAUGAAGCAGGAGAGAGAGCCUGUUGGAACCUGCUUUCUUCAGGAUGGGGAAAAGACUGUUGAGUACGCUCCAUGCAGAUCAAAAAAUAUUGAUGCUGAUGGACAGGGAUUUUGUCAAGGAGGAUUCAGCAUUGAUUUUACUAAAGCUGACAGAGUACUUCUUGGUGGUCCUGGUAGCUUUUAUUGGCAAGGCCAGCUCAUUUCGGAUCAAGUAGCAGAAAUUGUAUCGAAAUAUGAUCCCAAAGUUUACAGCAUCAAGUAUAAUAAUCAGUUAGCAACUCGAACUGCACAAGCUAUUUUUGAUGACAGUUAUUUGGGUUACUCAGUGGCUGUUGGAGAUUUCAAUGGUGACGGCAUAGAUGACUUUGUCUCAGGAGUUCCAAGAGCAGCAAGAACUUUGGGAAUGGUUUAUAUUUAUGAUGGGAAAAACAUGUCUUCUUUACACAAUUUUACUGGUGAGCAGAUGGCUGCAUAUUUUGGAUUUUCUGUUGCUGCCACUGACAUAAAUGGGGAUAACUAUGCCGACGUGUUUAUUGGAGCCCCUCUUUUUAUGGAUCGAGGUUCUGAUGGCAAACUCCAAGAGGUGGGGCAGGUCUCAGUAUCUUUGCAGAGAGCUUCAGGAGACUUUCAGACCACCAAGCUAAAUGGCUUUGAGAUCUUUGCAAGGUUCGGCAGUGCCAUCGCACCUUUGGGAGACCUGGACCAGGACGGUUUCAACGAUAUUGCCAUUGCUGCCCCUUAUGGAGGUGAAGAUAAAAAAGGAAUUGUUUAUAUUUUCAAUGGAAGGUCAACAGGCCUGAAUGCAGUACCAUCUCAGAUCCUUGAAGGGAAGUGGGCAGCUCGGAGCAUGCCCCCAAGCUUUGGUUAUUCAAUGAAAGGAGCCACAGACAUAGACAAAAAUGGAUAUCCAGAUUUAAUUGUGGGUGCUUUUGGUGUAGAUCGGGCUGUAUUAUAUAGGGCCAGACCAGUCAUCACGGUAAAUGCUGGCCUUGAAGUGUACCCUAGCAUUUUAAAUCAGGAUAAUAAAACCUGUCUACUGCCUGGCACGGAUCUCAAAGUUUCCUGUUUUAAAGUAAAGUUCUGCUUAAAGGCAGAUGGCAAAGGAGAACUUCCGGAAAAACUUAACUUCCAGGUGGAGCUUCUUUUGGAUAAGCUGAAGCAAAAAGGAGCAAUUCGGCGAGCACUAUUUCUUCAUAACAGGUCCCCGGGUCACUCCAAGAAUAUGACCAUAUCAAGAGGGGGACAAAUGCAGUGUGAAGAACUAACUGCUUAUCUAAGGGAUGAAUCAGAAUUUAGAGACAAACUCACUCCAAUUACUAUUUUUAUGGAGUAUCGGUUGGAUUAUAGAACUUCUGCUGAUGCAACUGGCUUGCAACCCAUUCUUAACCAGUUUACUCCCGCCAACGUUAGUCGACAGGCACAUAUUCUACUUGACUGUGGUGAAGAUAAUGUCUGUAAGCCUAAACUAGAAGUUUCGGUAAAUAGUGAUCAAAAGAAGAUCUAUAUUGGAGAUGACAACCCUUUGACAUUGAUUGUUAAGGCUCAGAAUCAAGGAGAAGGUGCCUAUGAAGCUGAGCUCAUCGUCUCCAUCCCCCCACAGGCUGAUUUCAUUGGGGUUGUCCGCAACAGUGAAGCAUUAGCAAGACUUUCCUGUGCAUUUAAGACAGAAAACCAAACCCGCCAGGUAGUAUGUGACCUUGGAAACCCAAUGAAAGCUGGAACUCAGCUCUCAGCUGGCCUUCGCUUCAGUGUACACCAGCAAUCAGAGAUGGAUACAUCUGUGAAAUUUGAUUUACAAAUCCAAAGCUCCAACCUUUUUGACAGAGUAAGCCCAGUUGUAUCUUAUAAAGUUGACCUUGCUGUUUUAGCUGCUGUUGAGAUAAGAGGAGUCUCAAGUCCUGAUCAUAUCUUCCUUCCAAUUCCAAAUUGGGAGUACAAAGAGAACCCUGAGACAGAAGAAGAUGUUGGGCCAGUUGUUCAGCACAUCUAUGAGCUGAGAAACAAUGGUCCAAGUUCAUUCAGCAAGGCAAUGCUAAAUCUUCAGUGGCCAUACAAAUAUAACAAUAACACUUUGUUGUAUAUCCUUCAAUAUGACAUUGAUGGAUCUAUGAAUUGCACUUCAGAUAUGGAGAUCAAUCCUUUGAGAAUUAAGAUCUCAAGUUCACAUUCAAUUGAAAAGAAUGACACACUUGCUGGUCAAGGUGACCGGAACCAUCUCAUCACCAAGCGGGAUCUCACCCUCAAUGAAGGAGAUGUUCACACUUUGGGUUGUGGAAUUGCUGAAUGCUUGAAGAUUGUCUGCCAGGUGGGGCGUCUAGACAGAGGAAAGAGUGCAAUCUUGUAUGUGAAGUCUCUGCUCUGGACUGAAACCUUUAUGAAUAAAGAAAACCAGAAUCAUUCAUUUUCUCUGAAGUCAUCUGCUUCAUUUAAUGUCAUAGAAUUUCCUUACAAAAACCUUCCAAUUGAGGAUAUCUUCAACUCCACAUUAGUUACCACAAAUGUCACCUGGGGCAUUCAGCCAGCACCCAUGCCUGUACCUGUGUGGGUGAUCAUUUUAGCAGUUCUAGCAGGAUUAUUGUUACUGGCUGUUUUGGUUUUUGUGAUGUACAGAAUGGGUUUUUUCAAACGUGUUCGACCACCUCAAGAAGAACAGGAAAGAGAACAUCUUCAACCUCAUGAAAAUGGUGAAGGAAAUUCAGAAACUUAACAGUGACUUUUAAACUAAGGCAACUUCCUGACCUAUUAGAAUGACCAACUUCAUUGUAGAUUUCAGUUUCCUUCAUGAGAAAUGGAAUGCAAGACUGAACUGUUGAUGGUGCCCAUUGGUACUAACCACAAAAAUGACAGCAAUAUUUUUCGGCCUUCUCUUCCAAAAAAAAGUUCAGAUAUGUAUUUAAUACGCAUUCACUGACAUGUGUUUUUAGGUAUUUAAUAAAAUCUCAUGGAAUAGUUUUUUAGUGUACUUAAGACAGAGGUAGUGCCUCAGUUACCACUUUAUAUAAAAUAGUACCUCCUACAUUACUGUUUCUAAUUUUGUAUGUUGGAUUUAAUUGUUUGUUAUUAUUGUUGUUUCUGUUGCUUUAAAGUGAUCCACGUUUGGACCUAAGUAUCCACAUCUUUUGUAUAGGUACUUAAUGUUAAUACAUAUUACACUACAGUUGAAUUUUUAAGCUAUGAGAGAUAUUAUAAAUGCACAAAGUUGGAUUUUAAUAUUAUCUACGUGAUGGGAUUUGGUUGGGAAGCAUGAGCCCAUGAAAGUUCUUUUCUUUGUUAGCAAAGGUGAAGUAUUUUACUCUAAUAUGAAAACAGGAUAAAAGGUAA